CUACGCGCUAACAAUUUACAAUUUACAAGAUCAAAACCGUCCCUUCUUAAAAUCCCACCUCUAGUUUUGUUCAUCAUUGCGCUCCCCACCAGACACAAUCCUCUCUCUCUCUCUCUCUCUCUCUUCUAGGUGCAGGUGCAACCAUGUCAUCGUGCGUGAGCGACACGGCUCGAGCCCUCGCCUGCAGGGACGGUGCAGCCGCCACGCACCUUAAAUUCAUCUCCCUUUUUGUCAUCUUCUUCACCAGUAUCAUCGGCAUAUCCUCCCCGGUCCUUCUGGCCCGUUAUUUCAUAGGAAAACCCGUUUACGACAAGACAAUUCUCAUUAUCAAGUGCUUCGCUGCCGGAGUCAUCCUUUCUACCUCCUUAGUCCACGUCCUCCCCGACGCCUUCGCCGCCUUAUCCGACUGCCACCUUGCUUCUCGUCAUCCCUGGAAAGAUUUUCCCUUCGCCGGACUCGUCACUUUAAUCGGGGCUCUUCUGGCUCUUUUCGUCGACUUAACGGCCAGCUCACACGUAGAGCACGGGCACGGCCAUAAGUCCAGUGGAGAUUAUUUGCCGGUGGGAACACAGGAUGUGACGUUGGAGAAAAAAGUUGGCAACAACAUUAAUCUAUCAAACGAGGAAUUAGUUAAGCUUAAGCAGAGACUUGUGUCACAGGUAUUGGAGAUUGGGAUAAUUUUCCAUUCGGUGAUAAUCGGGGUGACGAUGGGGAUGUCGCAAAAUCAGUGCACCAUUAGACCUCUGGUUGCUGCACUCGCCUUUCAUCAGAUAUUCGAAGGCAUGGGCCUCGGUGGUUGCAUUGCCCAGGCGGGUUUCAGAAUGGGAACAGUGGCAUACAUGUGUCUAAUGUUCGCGGUAACGACCCCGAUGGGGAUAUUGUUGGGGAUGAUAAUAUUUUCAGUGACGGGAUACGACGACAGUAGCCCUAACGCAUUGAUAAUGGAAGGAUUAUUGGGUUCAUUAUCAUCGGGUAUACUCAUUUACAUGGCGUUGGUGGAUCUCAUAGCUGCUGAUUUCUUCCACAACAAAUUGAUGUCUUCAAAUGCGUGGUUGAACAAGGCUUCUUUCAUUGCCCUUGCUCUUGGCUCAACGUCUAUGUCUAUCCUUGCAAUAUGGGCUUGAAAAUUAAA